AUUGAUUUGGUUUGCUAUCCGAAUACCUUCCGCCCUAACAUGAACCGCUUGAUAACCGAAAGUAAACUUAGCGUUUAAACCGACCGGAGAAGAAUAAUGUGGGAUAUCUGAAUUCUGAACAGGUUUCCCGCUGAGGCCGCUUUCAAAAUUCCUCCGCCAUUGUUGGCGACCUCGCAACCAGUUUUACAAGCAACAUUAAUGGAAUCUGAUCUCUCACUCCUUGAUGAUUCACUCCUUCAACAAUUAUUACCCGACGACAUCUCUACCUUCACUUGCUCUCCCCUUCAACUCCCUCCCCGAAUCCCUAAAUCUCACGCCACUUCUUCUCCUCUUUCUCUUUCCUCCAUUAACACUAACAGUAAAAACGUUAACCCCUGUGAUGAAAUACAAGGGACUAACAGCAUUAAAGAAAAUCUUCAUAAUAAUGAUAAAAAGUCUGGAGGUCAUAACCUUAGUUUAGAACCACAAAAAAUGAAGCGGAGCAAAAAGGCUGGUGGCUACAAUUUGAGGAAAAGCUUGGCAUGGGACAAAGCAUUUUUCACAGAAGAAGGUGUCCUCAAUGAUUCAGAGUUAUCUAUGAUUAGUGGGACCAUAGCUGAUCCAGACAGUCUUUCUGUUGUAGAUCAACACGAACAGGAUUCUUUUAGCGUGAACUAUGGUAGCAUUUCUGGUUCAACUGAUGUGGGAAUUUCUGAAGAUAUGUUCAAAGAUUUGCCUUCGAGCUACCCCAACAAAAAAAUUGAUACUAUUAGUUCAUCUAUGAAACGCGAUUCCUUAAAUGGUGGUAGUUUUGCUUCAGCUUCCAAAUCCUUACACAAGGUAUCUCCAAGUUGCGAUCUGAAAAGAGUUCUUUGUAAAGGGGAAGUUGGCUCUUCUCCUAUGACUUCUGUUUCUCAGAAAAGGCUUUUGAACACUGGAACAAAACAGAAUUUGACUAGAAACUCUAAAAUUCCUAAAGUUCCAGUUUCAAAGAAAAGAUCUUGUGUGCCUCCCAUGACACCUAUUCAUAUAGCAAGCAGCUUGAAGUGUACAGAAAGCGCUCAACCAGCACCUCAGACAAGUUUAAGCUCAAAUCUAUCAUCAAAACUCAAACAACAAGCUUAUGGCGCAGCAAAGCUUUUGGAGCACAUACCUAAAUCUAUCAAGCCUUGUGCUGAUGUUGGAAAUAAUGUGACAAACUUAACUCCGCAAAUGCAUUCACUUAUGAGCCACAAAGCUCAACACUCUACUAAAGAGAGAAAAAGUUCCGAAAACAAUUCAAGCCAACGUCUUUUGACUGAUGGGACAAAUAUGGUCAAGUCCUCUGAUACUACAGCCUUGUCACAUGUUCACUCUUUGAAUGCUGGUUCUAGUGGAAGCAAUCCUCAAGUUCAAGGAAUAAAGCCAUCAGGACUACGUAUGCCUUCACCAUCUCUUAGGUUUUUCUGUGAGACUAAAGCAUCUGUUUCAAAUACUUUACCACAUGUCAAUAGUAGGCUGACUAACCUCUUCAAGUCUAACAUUCCAACUUCAAGGAAACCUGAAGUUGCCGGUCAUAUCCAUGACUUCAAGCCAAUGCAGCCGUUACAGGGAUCUCCUGAUGUUGAUUCAAUAGGGAAAGAAGGACCGUGCAUUCAGAAUAAAGAUAAAUUUUCAACUUCAUCAAUUGUCGUGCCCAAAGUGCAUGCCAAAAAUAUACAAGACAAAUGCAAUCAGGAGACAGUUGAACUUCAAGUUCCACAAAAAGACAAGAACCUGGAACGAACAAGCAAGCAAUUAAGGUACAAUGAUCUAGAUGCUUUUCAAAACCCAAACAAUGAUCAGGCACAUAGUUUUUUGAAGGUUGAGGAAAAGGGCGCCAAGAAUGGAAAAUCGAAUACCAUUCAUGAAGAACUCAAGGAAACCAACGCAGAAGCCACCAUUCAUUUCCAAGAAACAAGAACUGCUGAUAUAUGUAUGUUAGAUGAUUAUCAUGAAUCUUAUUCAGAAAUAUUUUGUGAAACAAAGACAGAAGCUCAAUCACGAAUAUCUGAAGAUGUGAAAGUAAAAUCUUUAAUCUCAAAUAACGAUGUUAGUCUUGACUCGCAAACCAAUUCAGACAGUCAUCACAACUUGAUGUUGGUUUCUGAUAGCAACCCAUCAAGCAGCAUGCGUGUGGAUGAUGAAACUUCUGGUAACAGAAAUAGCUGCGGUCUUGACUGCACUGAUAGUCGCAGAGCCAUUGAGAUGCAACUUAUUGAAAGAGACUUUCUUGCAAAUGGAUUCUCUGCAAAAUUGGACGUGGAUCACUCUGCUGCUCUGGUAUGCAUAGGUGGCAUUUUGGCUGUCCAGGACACUAUUUCUACUGAUGAGGUCAGUGUAGUAAAUGAUUCUACUGAACAAGUUGAAGCGAUUGAGAAUUAUGAAUCACAAAAGAGACAAUCCACAAACUCUGGAAAUUCUGACAACAAAGACUUAUGUAUGGUCAAUUUGGAAGUUGCAGAUCUGUCCAAGCACAGUGCUUCAACUUCACAAGGAUUUCUCAAUGAGGAAUCUUGUGAAUUUAUUCAUUUAUGCAAGUCAAAUCAUGGUGAAUACCAACCCCAGCACUCUAACCACGGAAUAGUUGACAAUUGUGCUUCUGCAUACGGUGCUUCAGUAGCUUAUCAUCAAUUCACAGAAAAUAUUGAAGAUAUGCACUCUGAAGUAGGCAAGCAGACAAUCUUGAGUACUAAGUUGCCAGCCAAGGAGAUGAUGCUGCAGAAUUAUGAGGCAGAUAUGUGCAGUAAACUGUUACUGGACAGUUCUGGCCAUAUAAAUGAAGAAAAUAUUAAUGCUACGAGUUCUGAUGUUUUGGUUCAAGUGAGCAACAGUUCGCAGGAAGUUAAGGACCCAACUGAUUCGCUUAGCUGCCUCCCCAAUGAGUCUAGCAUUCAAACUACUCCUAUGGAAUUUAAAUCAUUUGGAAUGAAAAGCAAGGAACAGAAUGAUACAACCAAUCUUGAUAAUGUAGAGUCUUUUUGUUCAAUCAAUAAACACGAAUUAUCUCCUAAAGAUGUGUCGAUAAGUGCAAGUGUUGAGGAAGAUGUUGAUUCAGAAAAGGAUGUUUGCAAUCAGUCAUCAAUAGAAUCUACGACAGAUAUGCCCCAGCAUGUUGAUACUUUACGUGAUCAGAUCACAUACAACACAGAAGAUAUAGAAGACAACGGUAUAAUUAUAGGAAAGAUGACAGACCAGAAGUUGAUGAGACCACCACCAGAUGCUGUUCCAUUCUCAGAUGAGUGGCUAGCUGCUAUCGAAUCUGCUGGGGAGGAAAUUUUGACGUUAAAGACCGGUGCUGUAAAGCAUUCGCCUCCAGACAAGUCAGUUCCUGAGCCUAGCCCAUGGUCUCCGGUGAAACGGAAGAAUAAUCAAGUGAUUGGACCUUUUGACUGCACUAAAUACACAAACAAUUAAGUUGGAAUCAUUGAAUGGAGUUUCAUUGUGGAUAUUUCUUUCUGUUAGCUUGUGUACUCUUACACGCUUUGUAAUUCAUACGUUACCAGUAUCAAUGUCAUUACUUGAUUUUUUUUAUGCUACAAUGAAACAAGUUUUGUCUAAGGUCUUGUAGCUCUCAUUUUAGAUUUUUGUUACUCUUAAAAAUAUUAAAAU